ACAAAAUAAAAUACAAAUAUAUUCGUAACUUAGAGACCAAAAUUAAGGCGUACAUUAUUUAAUUAACAAAAUGUCUUUUAAGGCUAACGAACUCAUCAACGUAGAUGCUUUACUGCCCACAAAUCCACUAAACGAUGACGAUUCGUCUGAGUUUGACAAAUGUAUUACAGUAACGGUAACUGAAGGUAAAGAUGACUAUAAUCCGCUGGCUAUAUGCAAUAUGCCCCUCUGCGAUGAUGCCGACUUGGAGUGCGUUGCCGAAAUGGUUGAUGCUGUACUUUGUGAAGCUGUUCUCAUUAUCGAAUCUGAUCCACGUGGUCUAUUUUGUUACAAGUUUCCCAAUCCGCCCAAAACAGAUGAUGAUGAUGAGGACGAUGACUCGGAUAUUCUAGAAGUUGUUGUGGCUGAUUUACACGAUGGAGCAUCAACAAUGGCAACAGCCACAAUUAAUCUCUAUAGUCAGACGAAGUCACAAACUAGCGUCUCAGUGCGUCAUUGGAUGAGAAUUGGAGAAUUCGCGUAUAACAAUGUUAUUUCAGAGAUUCGUGACUUUAUAACCAAGUGGCAACUGUCGCCGGAUACAAAAUGCGUUGUACUUAGUAAUAUGCGGCGACAUGAUGUACCUGUCAAAGGAUCAAUUUACUUUGUCGACGCCCAUUUCUCGCGACCCACUCCUCGUUGCCCCAAUCCAUUGGCAGUGGCCAAAGUACGUUUUAUUAUUAGCGUUUCCAAGGUAAUGCAGAAGCAUUAUCCUGUGAUGAUUACAUAUCGAUUUGAGGGCUUUAAUACGCUGUACUAUGCUAUAGGUGAACGUGCCACCAAUUCUUGGACCUUUCAACGAUUUCAUAUAGACACUAUACUUCAUUCUAAAUUGCAUUUCUAUGCCGAGAUCUGCGAGUGUCGACAUGGUACUAUUGAGAAUCCCAAACAGAAUAAUAGAUCGAAUAAACAGAAAAGCCAUGGUGAUAAUGUGAUGACGUAAAGUAAAUAAAUAUCUCUACUUACUGCAAAGCUUCA